AUGGCGGAAGUAAUGAUGAAAGGUGAUUCCAGCAGGGAUACGGAGGAAAUAGAAGUGGAACCGAGUGUCAAGCGACAGAAAUACGAACCCGUAUUGGAAGAUAUCAGUAGUGAUGAAAGUGAUCUAGACCUUCUAGAUGGACAAGACGUACAAAACAUACUGGAGGAUUUAGAAGGACCAGAUAUUGAGUUGCUAGAGAAAGAUAGCUAUCAGAAAUCAGAAAGUGAUGUAGAAUCAGUUAUGGAUAGUGGUCAGAAGUUAGACAGGAAUGUAGAUUCAGUGAAGGAUGAUGCUGAUUCAGUGAGGGCUAAUGAUCAUUAUUCAGUGAGUGAAGCUGAUUCAGAAGAGGAUAGCGAUCAGCACAAAGAGAGCAGUUCAGUUACGGAUAGCGAUAAGAAUUCAGAGAGUGAAGCUGAUUCGAAGAAUAGUGAUCAAACCUCAGAUAGUGAUUCAGAGAGUGAAACUGAUUCAGAGAAGUAUACCCAUCAGAAUUCAGAGAGCGACUCAGUGAGGAAUAGCGGUCAAAAUUCAGAGAGUGAUGUAGACUCAGAGAGAGAAAAUGUUCAUAAAUCAGGGAGUGAGGUUGAUGCAGAGGAGAUUAAUGAUCAUAAUUCGGCGGGUAUUGUCGCUUCAGGAAAUGAUUCUGAUCAUGAUCAGUAUGCUGUUAGUGCUGAUGAUUUUGAUGACUUCCCUGCUUACAAAAAUAAACAAAAUCCCAAACAGCUUGCAAAUAUAAACAGAUACCCAAACAUGUACUCCAAUGGAUAUACUUUAGCCCUGCUUGCAGAAUUCGACAGAUACCUUAACAUGUACUCCAAUGGAUAUACUUUAGUCCUGCUAGCACAUAUAAACAGAUACCCAAACAUGUACUCCAAUGAAUAUACUUUAGCCCUGCUUAAAACAUAA